AUGUCCAUUGUCUCUAACAUCCCUGAAGUGAACCCGUCAAAGUUCUUUACCAGGCGUGUGUCAUUUGAUGAUUAUGAGCCAGCAGUUAUAGAGCCCACCGAUGUUUUAAGCAUCCAUCCUCCUCCAUAUUCUUCUCAGACAUCCUCUGAAGAUGAGAAUUCAAGUAUUCAGGAUGGUUUUAAAACUCCUGGAAAAAGUCCCUGCUCGAUCGCCAAAAAUUACCAUUUAAAGUCUAUUCUUAAAAAGCAGGAGGAAGAGGGUCCGAUAAACACCGCACGGAAGCUUUAUGAAAUUCCGGGAACGGGUAUCAAGAAAUCGCUUUUAGAUAUGACCGACCAGGAGCUUACUCUUUUGGAUUCGCAGUUCUCCACCAAAAGCGUCGAUGUUGAAAAAAAUUAUAGAUUUGAUUCUGACCCCAGACUCUCUCCCUUGACGAAUGCCGCCGCCGCUGUACGUAAGGGUGGUGCUGACUCAUAUUCAUUCAGUUUGUUGAAAAUGUCUGAUUAUCCAACCAAACCAAUCAUAAAGAAGAAUUCCAUUUGCUUGAACUUCAAGCAUGCCAAAUACAGUCAGAAAAUGAACAGCAACAAAUUCUAUCUCAUCUUGAUAUCGAAGUACAAGAGCUCACUAUCCGCCAUAGAUUUCUAUUUGGAAAACUAUUCGAAGAGCGGAGAUAACAUUGUGAUAUGUGCAUCUAUUUCUAACGUCUUCGAUCAAACGAUGGUUGAAAGAUGCAUUUUGGAUUUAGUUGGUCUGAUAUUAGAAAAGUUUACUGCUUACGAUAAGGACCUGGCGAUACAGGUCAAUUUUGAGUUUUUCCGCAAGAUUGAUUACAUGUCAGAAACGUUAAAUUUAUAUCAGCCAAGCCUGAUUAUUGUUGGAUCCAGAGAAAAUCGAAAUAAGUACACCUCGAUGGCCACAACCACAAAAAACUUUGUUCCUUUGGUUUAUGUCGGUACAAAUUAUAAGCCGAUGGGCUCGUCCGGUGGAGUGAAAUUUAAGGCGCCGUUUAAUUAUGAUAGAUCUGCAAAUCCGUUCAGCUCUUCAAAAAAGCCCAUUCAAUCUCUGAUUCUCUCGCCGGAAUUUGAGCCUACCGAGGUGUCACCACAAUCUUCGCAAUAUUUCACAAAGAGCUCGUCAUAUCACACGAGACGGAGUAGUGAUAGUGAUGGUGGCCAGGGCAGCUCACAAAAUGAUAGUAGUGGCGGCUUCGAUGCAGAUGACGAAGAUGAUGAUGAUCCUUUCCGGGAUCCUAAAACAUCGCAGGGUUCAAUGAGUGUACCUAUGGUGAAGAUUGAGAGUGUGGAGGAACCUUCUUCUCACAACAAAGUGAAGCCAACCUUCCCUUUUUUGAAUGCUGUUCCGCACCUCAAUCAGAUAAGCCGAGCUGACAAAGAGUUGCAAUCACUCCACCCGCAUUCACGUGCAACAUCUACCCCUUCUCUUGGAGCCACGGCUAUUACUAAAACUAAGUCCAAUCCGGCUUCAUUCUCUGGUGCGUCAUCUUCUAAUGAGAAAAGCAUGCCAGUAUUGAGAAAAGUUACCACUAUACCAGCUGUAAUCACCCCAGCGUCAAUUGAAAAGAAUGCUUUGUUUGAACGUUAUAACAGAAGAAUGUCGUCUGUUAAAAUUCCUACUGUACCAAAAAAUGUGAACUUGGGAAGCACCUCUAAUCUGUCAAGUCCUCAAAUUUCACCUACAUCAUCCUUAACUGAGUCCGGAGCUGGACCUACCUUACUCAACUCUUUUAAGUCAAAGCCGAAGAUUUCAAGAACUGAUUCCGAUGAUAUAGCUGUUAAAUCGAGUUCUUCUUCAGAGUCCUUGUUAAGGCCUCCAUUGGAACGUAGCGGUUCCAGUUCUACUGUCAAAUUCUUCAAAAAACUUUGGAAACACAAAUAA